UCCAUAUUUAUGCUGCUGGAGGAGAACAUCAGCAGGUUUGUGAAGAACGAGCUGAAGAAGAUGCAGAAGGCUCUGAGUCCAGAUUACCCAGAAUGCUUAGAGAGUCAGAGUGAGGAUGAGGAGGUGUUGGACGGUGAGGAGGAAGAGCAGAGGAGGAGCAACAGAGAAGCAUUUGUGCAGAUCACACUGCACUUCCUGAGGAGAAUGAAGCAGGAAGAGCUGGCUGAGCGUCUGGAGAUCAGAACUCGUGUUGCAAAGUGUCGAUAUAAACUGAAGUCUAACCUGCAGAAGAAGUUCCAGUGUCUGUUUGAGGGGAUCGCUAAAGCAGGAAACCCAACCCUUCUGAAUCAGAUCUACACACCGCUCUACAUCACAGAGGGAGGGACUGCAGAGGUCAAUGAUGAACAUGAGAUCAGACAGAUUGAAACAGCAUCCAGGAAACCAGACAGACCAGAAACAACAAUCAGACAAGAAGACAUCUUUAAAGCCUCACCUGGAAGAGAUGAACCAAUCAGAACAGUGAUGACAAAGGGAGUGGCUGGCAUUGGGAAAACAGUCUUAACACAGAAGUUCACUCUGGACUGGGCUGAAGACAAAGCCAACCAGGACAUACACUUCACAUUUCCAUUCACUUUCAGAGAGCUGAAUGUGGUGAAAGAGAAAAAGUACAGCUUGGUGAAACUUGUUCAUCACUUCUUUACUGAUACCAAAGAAGCAGAAAUAUGCAGGUUUGAAGAGUUCCAGGUUGUGUUCAUCUUUGACGGUCUGGAUGAGUGUCGACUUCCUCUGGACUUCCACAACAAUGAGAUCCUGACUGAUGUUACAGAGUCCACCUCAGUGGAUGUGCUGCUGACAAACCUCAUCAGGGGGAAACUGCUUCCCUCUGCUCGCCUCUGGAUAACAACACGACCUGCAGCAGCCAAUCAGAUACCUCCUGAGUGUGUCGGCAUGGUGACAGAGGUCAGAGGGUUCACUGACCCACAGAAAGAGGAGUACUUCAGGAAGAGAUUCAGAGAUGAGGAGCAGGCCAGCACCAUCAUCUCCCACAUCAAGACAUCACGAAGCCUCCACAUCAUGUGCCACAUCCCAGUCUUCUGCUGGAUCACUGCUACAGUUCUGGAGGAUGUGUUGAAAAGCAGAGAGGGAGGAGAGCUGCCCAAGACCCUGACUGAGAUGUACAUCCACUUCCUGGUGCUUCAGUCCAAACUGAAGAACAUCAAGUAUGAUGGAGCAGCUGAGACAGAUCCACACUGGAGUCCAGAGACCAGGAAGAUGAUUGAGUCUCUGGGAAAACUGGCUUUUGAGCAGCUGCAGAAAGGAAACCUGAUCUUCUAUGAAUCAGACCUGACAGAGUGUGGCAUCGAUAUCAGAGCAGCCUCAGUGUGCUCAGGAGUGUUCACAGAGAUCUUUAAAGAGGAGAAAGGGCUGUACCAGGACAAGGUGUUCUGCUUCGUCCAUCUGAGUGUUCAGGAGUUUCUGGCUGCUCUUCAUGUCCAUCUGACAUUCAUCAAGUCUGGAGUCAAUCUGCUGGCAGAAGAACAAACAACAUCCCAGAAGUUGGAAACCAAACAAGAAUCUGUCGACACACGUUUCUACCAGAAUGCUGUGGACGAGGCCUUAAAGAGUCCAAAUGGACACCUGGACUUGUUCCUCCGCUUCCUCCUGGGUCUUUCACUGCAGACCAAUCAAACUUUCCUACGAGGUCUGCUGACACAGACAGGAAGUAUCUCACAGACCAAUCAGGAAACAGUUGAGUACAUGAAAAAGAAGAUCAGUGAGAAUGUGUCUGCAGAGAGAAGCAUCAAUCUGUUCCACUGUCUGAAUGAACUGAAUGAUCGUUCUCUAGUGGAGGAGAUCCAACAGUACCUGAGAUCAGGAAGUCUUUCCACAGAUAAACUGUCUCCUGCUCAGUGGUCAGCUCUGGGCUUCAUCUUACUGUCAUCAGAAAAAGAUCUGGACGUGUUUGACCUGAAAAAAUACUCUGCUUCAGAGGAGGUUCUUCUGAGGCUGCUGCCAGUGGUCAAAGCGUCCAACAAAGCUCUGCUGAGUGGCUGUAACCUCUCAGAAAGAAGCUGUGCAGCUCUGUCCUCAGUUCUCAGCUCCCAGUCCUCUAAUCUGAGAGAUCUGGAUCUGAGUGACAACAACCUGCAGGAUUCUGGAGUGAAGCAGCUUUCUGCUGGACUGGAGAGUCCACACUGUACACUGGAAACUAUCAGGCUAAAUGACUGCAACCUCUCAGAGAGAAGCUGUGCAGCUCUGUCCUCAGUUCUCAGCUCCCAGUCCUCUAGUCUGAGAGAUCUGGACCUGAGUAACAACAAACUGCAGGAUUCAGGAGUGAAGCAGCUUUCUGCUGGACUGGAGAGUACAAACUGUACACUGGAAACUCUCAGUCUGUCAGGAUGUCUGAUCACAGAGGAAGGCUGUGCUUCUCUGGCCUCAGCUCUGAGCUCCAACCCCUCCCAUCUGAGAGAGCUGGACCUGAGCUACAAUCAUCCAGGAGAGUCAGGAGAGAAGCUUUUGUCUGCUGGACUGGAGGAUCCAAACUGGAGACUGGACACUCUCAGGGUGGACCAUGGUGGAGAGCACAGGUUAAAACCUGGUCUGAAGAAGUAUUUCUGUGAACUCACACUGGACACAAACACAGUACACAGAAAACUCAAACUGUCUGUCAACAACAGGAAGGUGACAUAUGUGAAAAAGGAUCAGUCAUAUCCUGAUCAUCCAGACAGAUUUGACUGCUGGCCUCAGCUGCUGUGUAGUAAUGGUCUGACUGGUCGCUGUUACUGGGAGGUCAAGUGGAGAGGAAUAGUUCUUAUAUCAGUGACUUACAGAGGAAUCAACAGGAAAGGAGACAGUGCUGACUGUGUGUUUGGAGGGAACGAUCAGUCCUGGUGUCUGUGGUGCUCUGAUGAAAAUGGUUACUCUGUCUGUCACAAUAACAGACAAAUAUCCAUCUCCUCCUCCUCCUCCUCUGUCUCUAACAGAGUAGCAGUGUAUGUGGACUGUCCUGCUGGCACUCUGUCCUUCUACAGAGUCUCCUCUGACACACUGAUCCACCUCCACACCUUCUACACCACAUUCACUGAACCUCUGUAUGCUGGGUUUGUGGUCGUACCUAGUUCCUCGAUGUCUCUGUGUCGUCUGUCUGAGGUGAACACUCCCAGGGUGGACCAUGGUGGAGAGCACAGGUUAAAACCUGGUCUGGAGAAGGAUUUCUGUGAACUCACACUGGACACAAACACAGUACACAGAAACCUCAAACUGUCUGACAACAACAGGAAGGUGACAUGUGUGGAGGAGGUUCAGUCAUAUCCUGAUCAUCCAGACAGAUUUAACCACUGGCCUCAGCUGCUGUGUAGUAAUGGUCUGACUGGUCGCUGUUACUGGGAGGUCGAGUGGAGAGGAAGAGUUUAUCUAUCAGUGAGUUACAGAGGAAUCAGCAGGAAAGGAAACAGUAAUGACUCUUGGUUUGGAGGGAACGAUCAGUCCUGGAGUCUGAUCUGCUCUGAUGAAGAUGGUUACUCUGUCUGGCACAAUAAGAGCAAAACAUCCAUCUCCUCCUCCUCCUCCUCCUCCUCCUCCUCCUCCUCCUCCUCUGUCUCUAACAGAGUAGCAGUGUAUGUGGACUGUCCUGCUGGCACUCUGUCCUUCUACAGAGUCUCCUCUGACACACUGAUCCACCUCCACACCUUCAACACCACAUUCCCCAAACCUCUGUAUGCUGGGUUUAUGGUCUGGCUUGGUUCCUCUAUGUCUCUGUGUCGUCUGUCUGAGGUGAACACUCCCAGGGUGGACCAUGGUGGAGAGCAGUGGUUAAAAGGUCUGAAAAAGUGUAAGUGUGGAUUUAUUUUGAUUCAUGACAACUAA